AUGUUCGAUGAUACAGUCUUUAUUCAUUAUAUUGGAACUCUACUUGAUGGGACGGUGUUCGAAAAUACUCGAGAUCGAAAUGAAAAGGUUAGUUUCAAUUUUGAUAAAGGCGAGGUGAUCAAAGCAUGGGAUAUUGGUGUGGCGACCAUGAAACGUGGAGAAAUCUCACGAUUCAUUUCCAAACCCAAAUAUGCUUAUGGUUUAAAAGGAUUAGGCGACAAAGUCGGAUCCGCCGAUAUUCGUUAUUUAGGUAAAGAUAUUAGCGACGAGCGAGAUCAAAGCAUUGUACGACGAAUAUUAAGAAAAGGUGAAGGAUUUGAGAAGCCAAAUGAAGAUGCCACUGUGCAAAUUAAUCUUAAGGGAACGCAUCAAGGUCAAAUAUUCGACGAACGAACAGUCACUUUCAUUGCUGGAGGAGGUUGUUUACAAAAUGUUCCUUUAGGUGUUGAAUGUGCCGUUUUCAGAAUGACCAAAGGCGAACGUUGGAAAUUAUAUUUAAAAUCAAAAGCAACGCAAGGUGUAGAGAAGUUUCAUAUUCCAUCUGAUUUACCUGUCGAAUACGAGGAGGAUAAAUUUUUGAGCGACGAACAAAAACUCAAACAAUCAGAAAUAUUGAAACAACGUGGAGAUGAAUUCGUUAAAGGUGGUCAUUAUGAACUUGCUAUUAAAAAAUACAAAACCGUUUAUAACUACCUUCUAUCGGCAUCGUUAAGAAGUAGUAGUGACAUAGAACAAUCCAGGCAACUCAAAUUUGCUUCGCAAUCGAAUUUGGCGUUGUGCUAUUUGAAAUUGGGCGAUUAUGGUCAAUGUAAAAGAGCAUGUGACAACGCUUUAAUGUUCGAUUCACAAAAUGAAAAAUGUCUCUUUCGUCGGGGUCAAUGCCAAUUGGCAUGGGGUAAUUUCCAUCAAGCUAUUCAAGAUUUUGAAACUAUUCUCAAAUUAAAUCCAUCGAAUGCUGUUGCAAAACAACAAAUUCAAGCGUGUGAAGUCAAGAAAAAGGAAUUGUACAAUUCUACUCGUAAAACAGCGGUUAAGGAGGAUACCAUGGACAAGGUCAGAAACAUAUCUCAUCGAAUAGUAUCAUAA